UAGUCACAGGUUGCCAAAGCGCGCAGACGGUCAGAAAUGGACGACACCGACUUCUCGCUCUUCGGCCAGAAGAACAAGCACAAGAAGGACAAGGCGGACGCCACGCAGAUCGCCAGGACGCCCACCUCGGAGCUGGACCUCAAGCGGAUCAUAAUCUCCCUCCCGACGAGAGAGGACACAUACGAGAACUGUGCCAGGACAGGAAUCGCCCUGAUCCUCAACCACAAGGAUGUCAAGGGGCAGAAACAGCGAGUGGGCACAGAAAAGGAUCGCGAUGAUAUGGAGGACACUCUACGACGAUUUGGGUUCGAUGUUCGGACCUACAAUGACCUGACAUUCUCCGAAAUCAACGACAUCCUAAAAGAAGUUGCUAAGGAGGAUCACAGCCAGAAUGAUUGCUUUGUGUUGGCGGUGAUGUCACAUGGAACCGAGGGGAAAGUUUAUGCCAAGGACAUGUCGUAUCCUGUGGAGCGUUUGUGGAACCCCUUCCUCGGUGACAACUGCAAGACGCUGAAAAACAAGCCGAAACUGUUCUUCAUCCAGGCCUGUCGUGGCGAGAACCUGGAGAAGGCCGUCGAGUUCCAAUCGUUUGCGGUGAUGACCAGGGAUCUGGCCCCCGAACCAGUGGCCCCCGUCCAACCCAUCACCUAUGCCAUUCCCAGCACGGCGGACAUGCUCGUCUUCUACUCCACCUUCGAUAAGUUCUUCUCGUUCCGGAACGUGGACGACGGGUCCUGGUUCAUCCAGAGCCUCUGCCGGGUGCUCGACCAGGCGGCCUCCAACGAGGCCUCCCAACCAGACGGAGCCGAGCUGCUCCGCCUGCUGACCGCCGUGAACAGAAAGGUGGCCUACGAGUACCAGUCCAACACGAAGAACGAGGCCCUCAACCAGAUGAAGGAAAUGCCCAACUUCAUGUCCACACUGACCAAAACUUUCCAUCUGCGUGUCAAGCCGAAGACCUGAAAAUCCACGGGGACUGUGAGUCAGUCAGUCAGUCGGAGGGACACUUUAACAGUAGAAAACUCUUUCACUUAAUCGCAAUGUUGGCAAUUUGUUGAUAGAAAUACACACACUCAUUUCGAUGGCA